AUGUCCACCGAAGGCCUCUUUACGCCUGUCCCGGGCGUUAAGCCCACCAAGGGCGGCUACUAUCUCUGGCGCUACCUCCCGAACAAAGCCGCUGCCGUCAUUUUCCUCAUCCUCUUCCUGGGAUCCUUUCUCUACAUCAGCUGGAAGAUCUGGAAAACUCGGGCCCGUUUCUGCAUUGUCUUUGCAGUGGGAUGUCUCUUCGAGGUAAUCGGGUUCGGGGCUCGAGCCGGAGCCCACGACAAAACCGACAAGAUCAUGCCUUAUGCCAUCCAGAACAUGUAUAUCAUCAUUGCCCCCGUCCUCUUUGCCGCAUCGAUCUACAUGGUGCUCGGCCGCAUCAUCACCAGCAUCCACGCCGAGAAGUAUUCAAUGAUCCGACCGUCCAAACUCACACUCACAUUCGUCCUCGGCGACGUUCUCUCUUUCUCCAUUCAGGGCGGCGCGUCUGGUUUGAUGGUCGUUCAGAAGCCCGGCUUCGCCACGUGGGGUGAGAGGAUUGUCAUCCUCGGUCUCGUGAUCCAGAUUGUCAUGUUUGGGCUAUUCUGCAUCAUUGCCGUCAUUUUCCACCGAAGGAUGAGACGCGCUCCUACGGUGGAAUCUCUGGACGGCCUGAUCCCUUGGGAAGAAAGCUUGUACAUGCUUUAUGCGGUCAGCCUUCUCAUCAUGGUUAGGUCGAUAUUCAGAGUGGUCGAGUUUGCACAGGGCUAUACUGGCUACUCCCUCUCCCAUGAGUGGACACUCUACAUCUUUGACGCCCUUUUGAUGUUUGCUGUCACAGUUUUGUUUGCCUGGAGGUUCCCGGAUCGACUUGUUCCCAAGGAAGACUUGGCCUUGUGA